AUGAUAAUCAAAUUUCAAUUGCUUAUAUUUGCUUCAUUAAUUUUACCUAUUUUUGCAAAGUUUUCAAUUCAAAAUAGAGAUACAUAUUGCGAUGCGCAAUCUUGUGAUGAUUCAGAUGAUCUUUCACAAGAUUGUCUUGGACCUUAUUAUGAUUAUUGCAUUUGUGGAUUAGGUAUAGACUUUUGGACAGCAUUUUUGAAAUGUGCUCAAGAUUGUGACGUUCAGUAUAUCCUGUUGUAUUCACCUGAAACAUUGAAGCAAGACUAUUGUGUGAAUAUACAAUAUUCAGUAUAUUUAUCAGCAUCUGAAUCAGAAGCAUCAUUAUUAAGUGCAGAUAGUGAAUAUCCCGAUUCAUUUGAAACAGCAGAUGCUACUGAAGGUGUUUCAUCAGAUUUUGAAACUGUAUUUUCUACAAUUUCUCAAUUAUCAAAAUCACAAGCUAAAAGUUCAGUCAGAAGUAAUGGUGGUAUUGCUGGUCCAACAACUUUAGCUAAUUCACCUAGAUCAACUACAUCUUUAGCUAAUUCAUCUAGAUCAACAACAACUUUAGCUAAUUCACCUCGAUCAACUACAUCUUUAGCUACUUCACCUAGAUCAACUACAACUUCAGCUAAUUCAUCCAGAUCAACACCAAGUCAGGGAAAUUCACCGAAUCAAGGAAGUUCACCAAGUCAAGGUAAUUCACCAAAUCAAGGAAGUUCACCAAGUCAAGGUAAUUCACCAAAUCAAGGAGGUUCAUUUAUUCAAUCUUCACCAAGUCAAGGAAGUUCAUCACCAAGUAGUAGAGGUAGUAAUGAUGGAAGCGGAGCUGUCAAUGAUGGUGUUGUUGUUAAAGCCGGUAUAUGGUCUAUAUUAUUUCUAUUGUUUUUGUGA